AUGACUGCUAAAAGAGGGAAACUCAAUACAGAGCCAGAAGAAGAUUACAGUAAAGAAAGAUUGGACAUUGGGAACCUCAAUCAAGACACCUUGAGUACAAUCCAGAAGGAAGAGGAAAAGGCCAGUAUUUUGUUGAAGAGUAAACCAGAAGAAGCCAGCAUGGAUAAGGAUGAUAGUUCUGAGAAAAAAGAAACAGACAAGGAAGAAAAACAGACCUUGAUAAUGAAUCCCAAUUUAGAAGAAAAUGGGAAUAUAAAAGUGGCAAAAGACUCUUAUGAAGUAAAUCUGAUAAAGGCAGAAGAGACGAUAAUCAGGAAUGAAUUAUCAUCUAAAAAACACAUCAGCAGCAGGGCCGAUAAAAUUAAAUCCAACAGUACCAAGGCCAGAAGAGUUGGAAGGGACAAAAUAGUACCAAAGAAUAUCACUUCAAGAAGAUUGAAGGAACUGAAACAGAAAACGGCAAAAAAGACUCAGGCUGGACGAUCGUUUCCACAAACUGUAGUAUGGUCCUUUUUGGGUGCUACAUUGAGCUCUGUUGCGAAAAGGGUAAUCAAUAGGUCUUUACAGGGCUGA